UGUCUAUCUCUGUAUAUUCCUGUCAGGCAGUCUGUCUAACCGUCUCAUGCAAGCUGUGCUGCCGGGGCAAGGAUACUUACAAGUUACCUUCACCUUAGCUCGCCGUCGCCACCAGCGCCGACCUCGAGCCUGAUAAGCUCGUCUCUUCCCGGCCUCGACUUUAUUCUUCUUGUCUUCUCCUCUUCUUCUUCUUGUCUUCUCGUCUUCUUCUUCCAGGCUGUGUGACUUUUGCCUCUUCUCGUCCUCGCUGCCCCUCCGCCCGCACGCCUCUACAACUACAUCAACAUCCAACAUCACAACUACAUCAAUAUCACAACUCCACCAACACCAAGAUAGAAGAUAACUGAGAAGAGAUAACUGAGGAGAUAACUGAGGAGAGAAUGGCUCCUGGCAUCGACACCUCCCAUCACCAUCGAGAGCGCCGGCCGUCCGUCGGGGCUCCGCAUUCAGACCUCCAGGGCCCCGUCGGACCGGGCUUCUCUCGUCCCAAGCACAAGCGGACCUUCACCGGCUUUGGGCCCAAGGACAUCAAGUCCGUCGAGGCCAGCAUCCCCGAGCCCCAGCGAGCUGCGUGGAAGAAAUACGCUCCCAAGGAAUUCGAGACCAAGGAGGAGUUCGAGUCCGAGGUCGUCCGCCAUGUCGAAACCAGCUUGGCCCGCUCCAUCUUCAACUGCGACGAAGUAGCUGCCUACUCGGCCACGGCCCUGGCCUUCAGGGACCGCCUGGUCGUCGAGUGGAACAAGACCCAGCAGCGCCAGACCUUCAAGGACCAGAAGAGAGUCUACUAUCUCUCGCUGGAGUUCCUCAUGGGACGAGCCCUUGACAAUGCCAUGCUCAAUGUCGGCCUGAAGGACCUCGCCAAAGACGGACUGGGCGAUCUCGGGUUCCGCGUCGAGGACAUCAUCAAGCAGGAGAACGACGCUGCCCUGGGCAAUGGAGGCCUCGGUCGUCUGGCUGCCUGCUUCCUCGACAGCCUGGCCUCGCUCAAUUACCCGGCCUGGGGCUACGGCUUGCGCUACCGCUACGGCAUCUUCAAGCAGGAGAUCGUCAACGGCUACCAGAUCGAGGUUCCAGACUACUGGCUCGACUUCAACCCCUGGGAGUUCCCGCGCCACGACGUCACCGUAGACAUCCAGUUCUACGGAUGGGUCCGCAAGUACCAGGAUGAGAACGGCAAGACAGUCCACUCCUGGCAGGACGGCGAGAUCGUCCAGGCCGUCGCCUACGACAUGCCCAUCCCGGGCUACCAGACGCCCACCACAAACAACCUGCGUCUCUGGUCCUCCAAGGCCGCCAGCGGUGAAUUCGACUUCCAGCGCUUCAAUGCCGGAGACUACGAGAGCGCCGUCGCAGACGAGCAGCGCGCCGAGACCAUCUCCGCCGUGCUCUAUCCCAACGACAACCUCGACAGAGGCAAGGAGCUGCGUCUAAAGCAGCAGUACUUCUGGUGCGCCGCCUCCCUCUUCGACAUCGUCCGUCGCUACAAGAAGACCAAGCGGCCCUGGAGCGAGUUCUCCGACCAGGUCGCCAUCCAGCUCAAUGAUACCCACCCUACACUAGCCAUUGUCGAGCUCCAGCGUAUCUUCGUCGAUGAGGAAGGCCUUGACUGGGACGAGGCCUGGCGUCUCGUCUCCAACACCUUCGGCUACACCAACCACACCGUCCUCCCCGAGGCAUUGGAGAAGUGGUCUGUCCCGCUGAUGCAGAACCUGCUGCCCCGUCACCUCCAGAUCAUCUACGAGAUCAACAUGGCCUUCCUGCAGCACGUCGAGCGCAAGUUCCCCAAGGACCACGACCUGCUCAGCCGCGUCUCCGUCAUCGAAGAGUCCCAGCCCAAGAUGGUCCGCAUGGCUCACAUCGCCAUCAUCGGCUCGCACAAGGUCAAUGGCGUCGCCGAACUGCACUCCGACCUCAUCAAGUCCACCAUCUUCAAGGACUUCGUCUCCAUCUACGGGCCCGACAAGUUCGGCAACGUCACCAACGGCAUCACCCCUCGCCGCUGGCUGCACCAGGCUAACCGCAGACUGUCAGACCUCAUCGCCUCCAAGCUCGGCGGCCACGAGUUCCUCAAGAACCUUACCUUGCUCGACAAGCUGGAAGGCUUCAUCGACGACAAGGAGUUCAAGACCGAGUGGGCUGCCAUCAAGACCGCUAACAAGGAGCGUCUGGCAAAACACAUCCUCGACACCACGGGCGUCAAAGUCAAUCCCACGGCCCUGUUCGAUAUCCAGGUCAAGCGUUUCCACGAGUACAAGCGUCAGCAGCUUAACAUCCUAGGCGUCAUCCACCGCUACCUCCGCAUCAAGGCCAUGAGCCCCGAGGAACGCUCCAAGCUGGCCCCCCGUGUCUCCAUCUUCGGCGGCAAGGCUGCUCCAGGUUACUGGAUGGCCAAGACCAUCAUUCACUUGAUCAACAGCGUGGGUGCAGUGGUCAACAACGACCCGGACGUCGGUGACUUGCUCAAAGUCAUCUUCAUCGAAGACUACAACGUCAGCAAGGCCGAAAUCAUCUGUCCUGCCUCCGACAUCAGCGAACACAUCUCCACUGCCGGCACAGAGGCCAGUGGAACAAGUAACAUGAAAUUCGUCCUCAACGGCGGCCUCAUCAUCGGAACCUGCGACGGUGCCAACGUGAGUCUCCUUAUAUUCUACCCUUCCCUAUCCAUUGCUAACCUGUGCUGUAGAUCGAAAUUACCCGCGAAAUCGGUGAAAAUAACAUCUUCCUGUUCGGCAACCUGGCCGAAGACGUCGAGGACCUUCGUCACGCUCACGUCUACAACCCCUCAAGCAUCACUCUUGACCCUUCGCUGUCAGCUGUCUUCGAUGCCAUCCGCGCCAACACCUUCGGCGAUGCAAACUCCUUCUCGGCAAUCAUCGACUCGAUCACCCAGCAUGGCGAUUACUACCUGGUCUCCGACGACUUUAACUCCUACGUCAAGACGCAUGAUAUCAUUGACGAGGCCUUCAAAGACAAGGACGGAUGGGUCGAGAAGAGCAUCCUGAGCGUUGCCAGGAUGGGUUUCUUCUCGUCCGAUCGUGCUAUUGCCGAGUAUGCCGAGGGUAUCUGGAACAUCGAGCCUUUGGACAUCACCAAGUAAUUUAUUUACUUGGAACAUAUAAUGUGAUGAGAAGUGAUAGGGCGGGUGAUGAUUUUCGUUGACCAAGUUGAUUUCUAAUUUGUCGUUUUUUUCGUGGUAAAAUUGUCCCCAGAUUCAGAGAAGUGCUUGUUAUAGCAAGCACAGACAGAAUAGCAAAUAGCAGUUAAUUGAUCUAUCUCACUUGAUAUUGAAUUCCCGAGUCAAGAACCAGCUAGACCCAGGGUGGCGCUGCGAACCACAAAACCUUUUCAGCCUCAAGCUCAUCCCGGUAAUCUUCAUCCGGAAACGCAUCUCGUAUAAUCUUCUCCCUAUCCGCUGCUCCCUCUAUAAUGUAUAUCCCCUUCGUAAACUCCCAGUAUUCAGGAUAAUAUCCCGCACACUCCCAGUCCACGAUACCAGACAACUUCCCGCGCUCAAUAAUGAUAUUAUAAAAGUUCAAAUCAGCAUGGGAGAAGAACGACCGGUACGAUUGGGAGUGAACGUG